UGUAGAAGCGGCUCCUUCAGGCGCUCACAUCUUGCUGCCGUCCCUUGAUCGCGUUUAAUUUCUGAGCAGCCGAACCAGGUAGCAGGAGGAUUAAAAAAAAACCCGACCCACUGGAGAAGAGCUUCGCACUCUUCUCACUUCCCUUCAACUCCGGGACGGUGCAGCCUCCAGUAACCGGAGUCUGGCCGCAGACAGGCCAUCGAUCACAUUAAACCAUCCCGCCGGUCCCCUCACCUCCGCUCAACUUCGCUGUUCCGCCUUUUUUGUUUUUGUUUCCUCCUUGUUUUUAUCCUUUCGCUGCCUUUUAGAUUCAGUUUUUUUUAAUGUCAGUGGUCGGAUGUACCUGCGCUUUGUGCUGGGACAGCUCUGUGGCGUUGAAUGACCAUGUUGAUGGUGUUGACCACAUCCCCGUGUUGAAUGACCAUCUCUUCCAUCAUCGUUCUUUUCCAUCACCCUGCCCAUCCGCGGGGAUUAGACAUUAGUUGUGGAGUUGUUUGGAGACCCGGCGGUGUUUGGCAGGAGGGGAGGGGGUGGUGCUGGCCGACGGGAACAGCCCAGUCGCGUUUCCCCGCUAAGGCUGUAGUUUGGCGCGGUGGCUGGGCUGGCGGAGUGGGUAGUCUCCGUGUGGAGUAGACGGAGGGACCGGAUCUCCUCCGCCUUCCCUCCCUCCCUCACCGGGACCGAGCACUUGCUUGUUUGCAGUGGCGGGGAGUUCCAUCAUUUCAGGUCAGUGGUGUUCGUCCUCUUAACGCGAGGCUCCCGCCACUGCCACAUCCUGAGCGGGAUCGGCCGGGCGGCGCGACUUGACGGCGAGUCAGCGCUCUGGCCGCAGAGUCCCCACAGAUAGAGGCGGCUUCAGGUACCGGGGCGGUCUAGGGCUGCCAUCAAUUGUAGGGUCACGUCCGCUGCAUGACCAAGAUCAGACAGUUGAAGAUGCUGUGACUGUGAGGAAUGUCCUUAAGAAAUCCCUGUCAUGGCCCCUGGGAUUGUCUCCUCACCACUCAUCACCUGCUGCCUACUUUCCGUCACUCUGUGCUGCCUCUAUUCCAUGUCUCAGUCUCAAGAAGAUGUUACAAGUGGGCCUGAGUCAUUGCCCAUGGUCACUGGUCCUACAGCCACCUCAGAAUAUUCAUAUCCAGAUUACAGAGGCAAAGGCUGCGUGGAUGAAAAUGGAUUUGUGUAUGAAAUUGGAGAGGAGUUCACUCCAGGACCUGCUGCUUGCCCCUGUGUCUGUACUGAUGAUGGACCAUUGUGUGUCAAGCCUGACUGUCCUAGACUACAUCCGCAUUGCAUUCGUGUAGACACCACCCGCUGUUGCCCGAAGUGCAAGGAAAUAAAGAAUUACUGUGAAUCGGGAAAGAAAUAUAAACAAUUGGAGGAAUUCCGGGUUUCCCCCUGCGAGAAAUGUCGCUGUGAACCCAAUGGGGAAGUGCACUGUUCCGUAGCAGAGUGUGCUCAGGUUGAAUGUGUGGAUCCAGUAUACGAACCAGAUCAGUGCUGCCCUGUCUGCAAAGAUGGACCCAACUGUUUUGCAGGAGUUUCCAUUAUCCCAGCAGGACGAGAGGUGAAGAUCGAUGAAUGCACAACGUGCCACUGUUCCUAUGAAGAUGGCACCUGGAGAGUUGGCCAUGAGGCAACCUGUAUCAAGAAUGACUGCCAAGAAACUUAGACAAGAGAUUGUACUGUAAAAGACAAAGACGUUUGUUAUGUUGAAUAUGAAAUGAGACUGAAAGAAUGCUGUUUUGUAUAUAUUGUAUUGCAUACCAUACAUAUGCUGUUUUUUGUAUAUACUGUAUUGCAUAGCGUACGUAUCUUUAAUUAGUUACAUUAUUUGUACAAAAUUCGAGCAAUAAAAGUGACUCGUAUAUUUCAA